AUGGCGGGUACUCUACAAGACGGCGAUUAUGUUCUGCUCACGGCAGCCACACACUCUGUGCCAGCGCUCCCGCGGGCGGCGCUUUUCCGCACCUGGCCGCACACGGAUCUCCUGGCUGUCGAUUUCGCCACUACGGACCUUUUCCCACUGCCGGAAGACUUGGGGCAGGCUUUUGAGCAGAUACAUGACGGGGUUGCCAGGGCAUGUGAGGCACGCUUUGUUCUGAUCGGACGGGCCUAUGCCCAUUCCCAAACCGCACUGGUUCACUCUAGGGUCCGAGGGGAGAUUCAAUUGCACAUUAACUGCAGGAUCCCGGCCUCAGCGGCCCAGGUGGAGGAGGCCUUAGCCCUCCUGCCGGAGUGGCAAGACGCCAGGACUGUGCAUGACACUGGCAUGAUGAGCGGAGAUGCGCCCAUCUUCAUGGCGCAGGACAUAUAUGAGUCCAGGGAGAGGUGGCACCUCAUCCCUGUACCAUACUUCUUGCGAUUGUUUUUGCUUUGGCCGGUCAAUGAGCAGCUUGUGCAGCUUGCAGAUUCACUGCCUGCACCACCGCACCUCCAGGUCAAUGCAAUGCAGCAGAGUCGCCAUGGGGCAGUGCGCCAUUUCCACCCUCGGGAUCCCACGGACUCACAUAGCUUGCUUCAACUUGCAAGCACGUUCAAAAAAGAGAGCUCUAGUCCGCACGAGGAGACAUCUCCAGCCGAUGCACUGCCACGACCCGCCACCUUGGGAUGCAAGGCCAACCACUUUCAAACGGCCAUUAGGCCGAUGGCUAGCCUCAGACUGGUGCCGAGUGAAUUCGACGAGGUCGUUGACAGGGUUUUCCUGAAUGUUGCACUCCAGAUGGCUCCGCGGGCCCCGGCAGAAAUCGAGACUCGCUUCACUGUCUUUGACCCCAUUUUCCAAACCCGAGUGUUGACGCACCAACCGGGGCGUCGAUGGGAAUGGACACUGCUUGCAGUGUUACGGGCAACGGCACGGCCUAUUCGAACAAUUCAACGGCUCUCUGAACCCAUCUGGGGCUUCCCAGAGCCCCAGUUGGUUGUGACCUUCGACACCACGCCCCCUGACCAUGUGGCGAUCCCUGUCGAUGGCCGCCCCCUAGGGAACGCAAUCUGCACAGUGCACCUGGGGCCACGAACCUCCUGGGAAACACUAGGACAGAUUCUGCAACAGACGAUGCCUGAGACCAGAGACUGCCGAGGGAUUGGGGACCGCUUUCUGUCGGUCCUGCGAGACGGUCACCUCCUUCUCUCAGAUGCAAACCGGCCGCUUGCAGACCCGUUGCCAGACCGUCUUUUCCUCUCCCAGUUCCUCACACCGCACGUGCGUCCGCACACUCCUCCAAUCCCUGCCAGUCUCACAGUAAGCGAGACAGCUACUGAGCCCAACGAGAUUCCGCGCCCGGAGGCCAUUGACGUGAGCUCUGCAGCCGCACCUGCGGCGGAGACGGAUGAAUUGCGCCCGCUGAACUGGUCAGUGCCCACACCGCACGGUCGCAGGACCAUAGCAGCUGCAGGCAAGUGGCCGGAAACAACCAAGGUCUCGACAGCUCGGCCCUCCUGCCUCGCUCUGGAGAGGCUUAUCCCACCACCCGCCUCUGGCAUCGCCUUCGGUGUGCUGCCCGAGAUCUGCGCGCAUGCGCUGCACGAGCACACCUGGGAGCGCCUGUCGCAGGACCUCGAUGCCCUCUUUGAGGUCCUUCCAGUCGCCCGGGUUGGCUGGAAAGCGCUGCCACCGUACCGCAAAGACCAGCCCUUGCAGGCCUGCUACUUCUACACCGAUGGCUCCUUCUACGCAGAUCGGCAAGCUGGGGGCUGGUCUGUUGUUGUUCUGGGCCUGCAAAACGACCACCCUGUUGGCCUUGGGUGGGUAGGCGGUAUUGUGCCCCAUGCUACGUCCGCAUAUGAGGGAGAGGUACGAGCAAUUGUUCAUGCUCAGGCCCUUUUCCUGAACCAAGCCGCCGCCUUCGGGGUGAUUGCGUCGGAUUGCAGCGCCGCACUCGACCUUGUCUUUGGAAAUGCCUGCUUCAGCCCAGAGGACGCUGUCGCCGCUACAGCAGUCAGCCUGCGCGGAGCUAGCUCUGCGAAAGGCCAGCAGCUUUUGCCACUCAAAGCUGAUGCACACACGGGGUGUGCCUUUAACGAACUUGCUGACGCAGUUGCUAAGUCCGCCGCACUGGGAUCUGCAAUGCCGGCUCUGGCCUUCUCGCCCAGCAGCUUUUGGCAAGGUGUAGCCGAAGGUGUCAUGGACUGGGCCUGGACUUGCUACGGCCAGCCCAAUUCAGCCCAUGUGCCUACGCUCGAUGCAAAAGGAACAUGGUCAGAGGCUGCGUGCCAGAUGCCGCCUGUUCCGCUACCGCCUGGCACUUACUUUGCACCUGAGGCAGCAGCUGAAAAUACGGUGCAGGAGCUACAUGUGUCCCUGGUGCAAUAUAACUGCCUUUCAAUCAAAGGCCAAGCCGCCAAAGAAAUCAUGGCGUCAGCGCUUGCACAGAUCGGCUGUGAUGUUGCGGGACUACAAGAGACGCGCACUGCCGACGAUGGCAUCAGCACACCGGGGUCAUACUGGGUUCUGAGCUCUCCGGCUACCGCCGAAGGCGUCGGGGGAUGCCAGAUCUGGUUGCAUCGCGAAAAGCCUGUGGGCCACUCCAUGGAAUCCGGGCAACCGUUUUACUGGGAGAGGAGAUCCUUCUCGAUCCUCUGCGCUGAGCCACAGCUACUGAUUGUCCUUGCACACGCUGGGGGGGCCAAGUUUUGCCUUAUCAGCGGCCACGCUCCCAUAGCGUCUGCGGCCGAACACACGCGCAUGCAUUGGUGGCGCAGGCUCGCACAGGGCAUUCGCACAGCACCCAGGGGAUGUAUCCCCCUCAUCUUUGUGGACGCCAAUGCACGCUUUGAGGCGAACAGCAAUACCCCUGCGACUACUUGCUCAGCACCACGCUGCCCCAACGCGCGUGCAAUGCUGGCAAUUGCCCGAGAAUUUAAGCUAGAGGCCACGCACCAGUUCUCUCAUACUGGGAAGCGCAUCGCGUCAUGGAAGAGCCCAAAAGGGCGGCUUGGCUUGAUUGACUACAUCAUGUACGACGCGGGAUUUGCCUCAGCAGUGAGAACGGACGACACCCCUGAUCUACAAAAUCUGCACUCCGGGGUGGACCACUACCCUGUAGCGGCCACGCUGAGAGCCCGCAUUGACGGUGCAAGACGGGAACAACGCCCCCGAAUUUGCAGCAGGGCCAUCAAGACACAGUACGGGCAAUCCGUAUUGCGCAGGGCCCUGCUCACCGCGCCCACGCCAGGGUGGGAAGUGGACGCCACCAGCCAUGUCGAAGCUGUCCACGCACACCUUCACACUUUUGUGACCAAGCACCUUCCUCCUGCGCCUGUGCCACCACGCCACCCUGCCCUUACCGCAGCUACGCUAGAGGAAGUCAGACGGCGCCGCCUACAGCGCCAGCGGCUGCGCACCCUGAGCAACCAGGAGCGCAAGGCCUUCUUGCUCUGUGUCUUCCGUGCAUGGCGGAGCCAACGACCGCCACUGAGUCAGUUCCUCCGCAUCUCGGCUCGUGUGGCCGACAACGUUGUUGAACUGCACCGGCUCAACAAAAGGGUUACUGCAUGCUUCCAGUCCGACAAAGCCCAAUUCUUGCGGGAGCAAACUACCCAAGCCCGUGCCUCCGGGCCAGCUGCCUUUGCACACAUGGUCAGGGCAGUUACGCGGCAGGGGAGACGCUUCAAAACACCGCACGUCGUGCAGAUGGCCCAGCGGUCGGAGCUACACAGGUCAUGCAACAACUUGGCAGGCAUUUUGCGAAGCCAGAAAGAGCCCGGCCUAUCCCCGAAGGAGUGCCCUACCUUUGCGGACUUGGUGCGUGGCUUCAAAUCUCUGCAGGGCGGACGAGCCAGUGGGCGGUCAGGCUUGCCCGCAGAGAUAUACCAGGCUGACCCAUUCCGCGCGGGGGCACUCUUCCUGCCGAUCGCAAUGAAAAUUGCGGCACGGGGCAUGAAUCCGCUCCAGUGGUGUGGGGGAAACGUCCACUCCAUCCCCAAGCCCAACAAAGACGUCACUACCCUGGGGGGUUGGAGGUCCAUCCUUCUCCUCGAGUCUGAUGCAAAGGCGUACCAAAAAGCCUUCAGGCCCAAGCUCAUCGAACGGCUCGAACAUGUGCGCACUGUCGGCCAAGUUGGGGGGCUUCCCAAGCACACGCUCUCCCAGCCCUCGGCCCUUGUUCGAGGACACCUACUUUGGCUGCGGACCAAAGGCUAUAGCGGCGGGGUCUUGUUCCUGGACUGCAAGGACGCGUACUACUCUGUGGUGCGAGACCUGCUUGUCAAGGACCCUCAGUGCCAAUGGGACCCCGCACGGCUCCAGGAGCGUGCUCAGCUCCUGUUCGUGCACCGGCAAGACCAGCUGACGUUCAUAGAAGAAAUGACGGCGGGCAACUGGUCAAAGGCACUUGCACUGCCACCCGAGCUGCAGCGUCUCCUUGCGGCGCACCUCCGUCACACCUGGUUCGCCGACGGCAAUCCGGGAACCACGCUGUAUGAGACAGCAUCUGGCUCUGCUCCGGGGGCGCCGGUGGCAGACACCAUCUUUGCCUUUCUCUUCAGCCGCUUCCUCGGCGACCUCCAGGAAGAGAUGCGAGCCCUGGGCCUUUCACCUCACUUUGUGCAGAACAUCCCGCCGGAUAGCUGCGCCGAGGCGCCCACCUGGGCGGAUGAUGUCGCCAUAUUGUUCUGUGCACCGGACGCGAAACAAGCCGGUCAUGCCCUCUCAUGCAUUGGCAAAAUUGCAAUCUUCGGGCUUUCCUCACUUGGACUGGAGGCAAACUUGGGACCAGGGAAGACUGAGGCCAUCAUCUCCCUGCGCGGCGCCGGUUCCAAAUCAGCCAAGCAGGACAUGCUCUGUCAAGCCGUGCCGGCGGUGCAAGUCGAGCUGCCCGGAAACACGCAGGGGGCAUUGCGAGUUGUGCGGGAUUACACGCACCUGGGCAGCAUUGUGAUGGCCGACUGUAGCGAGCUGGCCAAUAUCAAGCACAGAGAGGGGCUACUCAUGCAGUCCUUCCACACAUACCGCUCGCGCAUCCUGCACAACCCCUUCCUCACUUUCGAUGAGAAGCGUGAGCUUGUGAUGUCAAGGCUCGUGCCCCGUUUCCUGCAUGGAGCCGGCUUGUGGCGUUUGGCCACCAAGCAAGAAGCGGCAAAGGCCCAGGUGACUGACGCUGGAAUGGAGGCUGCCUGGCCGGGACUGACAGCUGAUGGGAUCUGGCUUCGAUCCGCGGUGCAGUCGCUCGACGCCGUUGGCAAGACUUACGCACCCCUCCAGCAAAAGCUCAAGGACCGGCCGAAGCUGCUGAUAAAAGACUUGGCAACCCUGCUUCGGGGACAGCGCCCGCUCCUGCGCAACGCCUGCCGCUACUACCUGAAGAGCUGCAGCGGGAACCGCCCUCCAGUUUCCUGGGAAGACAUCGAUGCGCGAGUUGGCACUGAAGCUUCUGUACAGAUUGUUGGUGCAUGUGCGAAGUUGGAGCCCAUUUCUGCCCACGAGCUGCCAUGCCCGCAACGCUUCCCAGGGAGCUUCGAGGCCGCUCGAGCUGAAGCUUUCGUGAAGUCCAAGCUGUUGGUGGUCGCCAUCGUGUCCGGAAGGGGUAAGCCGAUCAGAGAGGAGGCGAUGCAGUACAUGGCCCUGGCUUCGCAGGAAGUGCGGGUGAUGCUCGGUGAAAACGCGGUUUUCUGGCGAGGAAAGCCCACGGAACUCAAAGACACGCAGUUUCGGCAGUCUGCUUUGCGGGUUCACGACGUAGCAGCCGACGGAGGGAGCCUGCAGUGUAGGUCGGCCAUGGUUCACAUGGCUGUUCUCGCGGGGCUCUGCCGGCUUUUCCUAUGCUGCAGCAUGGUGGCCGCGACUGUGCAGUACUUGAACGGUUCGCAAGAUUGCGAUGGCGACUGUGCGCCUGACCAGUCUUCCUGGCUGCAGCUGCAAGGACUUAGCACUUUCACAGAGUGGACGAUGGAGGUUGGCGGCGUCGCAUCUGGUGACGAUCAGGCAUCGAAAGCUAUUUGCCCAUCAGGAUACACGGUCGUAUUCUGCCAGUCAGACCCACCAAACGCAGGUGAUGGCUUGCGUCUGAAUGACUUGCAAGCCACGGUGCCCACGCUCAACAAGAUAUGCCACGCUUAUGCUUCUUCCACCCGGUCGGUACAAGCAGUGGCCGUCUGCGCGAACCGGAACUGGGAGCGCCCUGGUGGUCAUUGCGCGUUUGCUGAAACUCGCGGUGUAGUCAGUUUAGCUGGGAAGGUCGGACAGUUAUGCCCAAAUAGGAAAUGA